AUGCCACCAAGAAAAGAAAGGCCACCACAGUUCACACCACUGGGUGCAAUCAAGCGGCCGGAUGCUUACCAGUCGUCGAAAGAGAGAAAGAUGCCAACUCAUGAGCAGAGGCAGAAGACGGUUCGAGUGGUGUGGGACUUAAACACCACUCCUCUACACGACGCCCACAACAACUACACGUACGAUGCUAAGAAUCUGCGCGAUUCAAUCAACCAAGGUCUUCGUCAAAUCAGUCCAAACCUCGAGGUUGAACCCAAAAUGUUUGCUGUUUGCUUCCGGAGAUCGGAAGCAUUUUCUCGGUUUUUUCAUUGCCAAAAGAAACUCUGUAAGAUGGCGGGUCAUAGUGCAAAACAGAAUCCUGAGGUUUUCACUGGAGUACAAGAGCAGGUUCUGGGAGAUGUGAUCGAACGCGAAUCUCCAGGAAUAAUUCUCCUCAUUUCUGCUGAUUCCGACUUCAUCCCGGCACUGAAAUUCUUGAGGGAACAUGGGUUUGUGGUCCUGUUAGCACAAGCCGAGGAUUCCGGAGAUGACUUUCGCAACGAGGCUCAUUACACGGAUGUCGGUUUGUUUUGUUUUGUUAUCAGUUUAAGGAUGUUUAGCAAGGCUAGUGAGCUGACUCGUUUGGCUUUGAAGCAGAAUUCGGGUUUGGUAACUGUUGAUGCUUUAACUAAGUUGUCAUUGUCUUUAGAUAGAGCUCAGGGAUCUUUCUUAACUUUAGAUGUAUUGAGGCUUGUUGUGAUGCAUAUGGUGAAAACUGAGGUCGGGACUUGUCUAGCUUCGAAUUAUCUGUUUCAGGUCUGUGAUCGUUUUGUGUCCAACAGAAAUAGCCCCAGGAAUGUUGUGAAGCCUGAUACGGUCUUGUUUAAUCUUCUACUUGGUUCUUGUGUGAGAUUUGGUUACUCUCUCAAAGGACAAGAACUUAUCGAGCUAAUGGCGAAAGUAGAGGUCAUUGCGGAUGCAUACAGGUUUGUGAUCAUGUCUUGCGUUUACGAAAUUAACGGUAUGCAGGAUGAGUUGAAGAAGUUCAAGGAGCAUACUGGUCAGGAGGAGCAAUUUACCGAGCAUGAGCCUAUGAUUCCAGGGAACUGUUCAGCUCCUAUGCUUGAGAUGGAGAAAUCAAAUAUGUUUGUGGAGGAACGGAACGGGGAACCAGAAGGUACUCUCAAUGAUACUACUUCCAUUGGUGUUCCUCCUUCAGCUGUUGAAGAAUCUAGCGAGCACAAAGUUGCUGCUGCUGCACUUGAAUUAGCUUCUGCGACUUCAGGUUAG